UAUAUAUUUUUUAAAAGUAGUUGUGAACAACUGAUCCAAACAUAAUCCAUAUGUUGUUGGGUGGCGCCACCAAAAAUCCAAUUGCGCGAGAUUCUGUUAUUUCCGUUUCUCUCUUCACCGGUGACUUCUUCAGGUUUAGCCUCUCUCUCUCUCUCCCUUAUGAACCUUUCAUGCGUAGGGCUAUAUUUGAUCAUCUAUUCAGUUUCUGGAGGAAUUUCAUCAUCACAACCAUUGCAAAAGUUGCUCCAUUAAGGGUGAGCUUGGGUGUGCUUCCAAGCUCAUACCUUUCCCAAAGCUUCCCUCAAAUUUCACAUUUCCAUGGCUUUCGCGAUGAGGGUCGUGCUUCUUCCUUCAACCCCAGACACAGGAAGAACGGAAAUAUCUAACUUUUUUGGAAGGUAGAA